UUUAUAAAUACGUCUUACGUCACUGAAAUUUUGAAGAAACGUAAAUAGACUGAUAAUAGAAAAGAGUAUACUAUUACUUAUAAACGGUAAUUAAUAAUGGCUUCUGAUGAAUGUAGAAUGCCAAUUAAAAAGGAAAUUGUAUAUGUUGGUGAUGAAUCUAGUUUUUACAACCCUGAACAAAAAUACGAUCCACUUGAAGUGAAUCAGAAUGUAAUUUUCUCAGAAAAAAUUAAGAGUGAGGAAAACAUUGAUGUUUAUCAGGAUCUCAAAACGGAAAAUUGUGUGGAAGAAGUUAAAGAAGGCUCAUAUUGUGAGGUGUGUGGGGGUUUCUUUGAUUCAACAGAUUUCCCCAGCCUCGAUGGUUUGAACAUUUGUACAUGUCAAUCUGAUGUAAAAGGCGAAGAAAAUAUGACUCAGGAUUUGAAACCUUUUGGCCCAAUAUCAGAUCCUCUCAAAACAGAAGAAGAAAUACAUGAGAUGAAAGAGGACAUUUUAAAAUGUGAGAUACUCCACCAAACAGAGGAAAUUGAUGGACAAAUGGAUCAAAACUGUGAUACAGAAAAUAUACCAUUUCAGUGUAGGAUCUGCUCAAAAUCUUUCACGAUGAAAAAAGCUUUGCACAUCCAUGAAAAGACUCAUAAUAACGAUUCAGAAUUUCUCUGUAAAAUUUGUACCGAAUCUUUUCUAUAUAAAUCAGAUCUUAUAAUUCACUUGAAAACUCACACCGGGGAGCAAUCGUUUCAAUGUAAAAUCUGCUCAAAAAUAUUCUCUCAACGUAGUAAUUUGACAGUCCAUGAAAAGAUUCAUACUGGCAAAAAACCAUUUCAGUGUAAAAUCUGUUCAAAAUCUUUCAUAAGAACAAGUGGCUUGAAAUAUCAUGAAAAAAUUCAUACAGGGGAAAAGCCUUUUCAGUGUAAAGUGUGCUCAAAAUCGUUUAUUCAAGAAAGUGAUUUGAAAGGUCAUGAAAGAAGUCAUACUGGAGAGAAACCAUUUCAGUGUAAAUUUUGUGGAAAGUCAUUGAGUCAAAGAUCAAAACUUGAAAUUCAUUUGAGACUUCAUACUGGAGAGAAACCGUUCCAGUGUAAAAUCUGCUCAAAAUUGUUCAUUAGCAGUAAUUCAUUGAAAUAUCAUGAAAAAUGUCAUACUGGGCUGAAGCCAUUUCAAUGUAAAAUCUGUUCAAUGUCUUUCAUCAGAAAUAGUUCUUUGAAAAUUCAUGAAAAUGUCCAUACAAGAGAAAAGCCUUUUCAGUGUAAAGUGUGCUCAAAAUCAUACCUUGCAAAUUACAGUUUGAAGAUACAUGAAAAGACUCAUAUAGAAGAGAAAACUCAGGGUGGAGAAGAAGUUGACUCAACCUUCCAGUGUGAAAUUUGCUCAAAAUCAUUCAAUGAUAGUUCAAAAUUUGUGACACAUUCAAAAACGCACAUGGGAAAAAAACUAUUUCAUUGUGAUGUUUGCGGAAAGUCAUUAAGUGAUAAGUCAAAACUCGAAAUUCAUCUUCGGAUCCAUACUGGGGAAAAACCAUUCCGAUGUAGUAUCUGCUCAAAGCAAUUUGUUAGUAAAAACUCUUUGACGUACCACAUGCAAAUUCAUACAGGAAGGAAACUAGUUCAGUGUGAAAUUUGCAAUAAGUCAUUAAGCGAUAAAAGAAAACUUAAAAUUCAUUUAAGAAUUCAUACUGGAGAAAAACCGUUCCAGUGUAAAAUCUGCUCAAAGCCGUUUAUGAGUCGAAAUUCUUUAAAAACCCACGAAAAAACUCAUGCCGUGCAAAAAAAAUCAGUGUGAAAUCUGUUCAGUCUUUUAUCACAAAUGCUACUUUUAAAAAACAUGAGAAGGUUCAUUUAUGAAAUGUUAUAAAAAUUGAAUACUUGUGUAAAUACACAUUUAUUUUAUAUUCAUAUUCAAAUUGAAAAUCUUUAUUUUUCACUAUAUUUUUCUAAGUGAAUUUCUUUUCAAGACAAGACAUUCUUAUUUUUUUUUAAUUAGGUGUGUUAGCUAUUGCAUGGUAUAAAUAAGGAUAGCUUUGUGAGUAUGAUUAGUUUGAUAUUCCUCUUGAAGAUGAUCACUUGGUGAUCGAAACCUAGUCGAGCUGUUAAAAUAAGUUUGAUGUUGGGAAAAACUCCAGUAAUAAUAAUCUAUUGCAAUGUUAAUAUGUCAUUUUCUUCAUUACAUUACAUUAUACAUUACUAUAAAUGUAUAAAAUUUAGGCAAGCUCAUACAUUGUAUUUUCAUAAUGUAAUAAAAACUCUUGAUAAUUUUUUUUUUCCAUUGAUAAUUCGAAGUAAUGGAUCUGCUACAAAUUACUUUAUAUAAUGAAGUUAUAUAACAAACAUCUAUCUAUUCAAUAUCUAUGGACGAUCAAUCACAAGAAGAGCCAUGUCACUGGAAGAUAUGAUCUUAAUCAUUCAUUCCAAGAAGUGAUCUGCAUUAAAAAAGUGUUCUUUUAAACAAUAUUUGUUUGAUGCAAAAUAAAAACAUUAACACUUGA